CAAAGCAUAUGAAGACAAACCCGUCUAGGUAUCUCAGCAAAAGGUCAACAAAACGCGUGUAGCGAAAACUAAGAAACAGUUCUAUUUUACAACGAAGAUGAAACGGACGUUAGCGCUUCUCGCUCUGCUCGCUUGCUGUGCCUUCGUUCGCUGUGCGACGGAUGCUAAUAGCGAAGAAGAGGAUGCUGGUUUGGAAUUUAUAGAAGUGGGAAGUGAUACAGCCCCACCAGUCGUAACGCUUAUUAAUCUCACCAAUUCUACUAUAAUCAGCCAGUUGCCCACCAAUGGUAACAUCUCUAGUUCCAACCUUUUAUUGCCCACCGAUCAUCGUAUUGUUGGCGGUCGCCAGAUCUCGAUCAGCGAAGCACCCUGGCAGGCGGCUGUAAUACAGGCAAAUACUUUCGUUUGUGGUGGUUCUGUUAUCAGCGCAUCAUGGGUACUAACCGCCGCGCAUUGCGUCUACGGGAAUGUCAGUAAAAGGCAUGCGGUACGCGUAGGCUCUGACAAUUUCAAACAAGGCGGUCAGUUGCGCAUUAUCGAUCGCGUCACAUAUCAUGGUAGUUACAAUCCUAAAUCUUCGGUUAAUGAUAUCGCCUUGUUGCGUACAGGUCGACCAUUUAAUUUAAAUGGAAAUGUGCAAGCCGCCCGUCUGCCGACAUACGAUCACGAGCCAAAUUCGUAUUUUAUCAGUGGCUGGGGUACACUAGCCGAGGGUAGCGCACGUCCCACGAAAUAUUUGCGUGGAGUUAAUGUUUUCCCGGUGACUAAAAGGACGUGUACAACUUCAUACCGUGGUGUAAGUCAAGUUACCGAUAGACAGUUAUGUGCUUAUGCGCCAAAACAGGAUAGCUGUCAGGGCGAUUCGGGUGGCGCUCUGACAAGUCAAGGCACACAGUAUGGUAUUGUAUCCUUUGGUUAUGGCUGCGCUCGCUCCAAUUUUCCUGGUGUUUACACCAGGGUGUUCAGUUAUCGCACCUGGAUUAUGGCAGUAACGAAAUCAUUGAAGCCAAAUAAUUAAUGUAUUAAUGUGCAAGA